CCUCCCUCACAUUCAUUAAUUUGAUUAAUUGAAUAACAAAUUGUAUUGAAUUGAAUCUAUCUUUGUCGUUCUUUAAUCAGUUGACUUUGUAUUUAUUGUAACUGCAAUCAAUUCAAUUCAAUUCUACAAGUACUUCGACACACGCACGACGUGAUUUCUUCAAAUACACAUCCAAAUUAAUCCUUAUCUCCUAACUCUCAAUACCCAAAAAUGUCUUCCGCAGAGGAUUAUGCCGCCGCUUCUCGUAAUCCCCCUGGUGAGAAUCCAGGCGAUAUCGAGAUGGGCGAGAAUGCACCCGGUGCCGUCGUAAUUGAAAUCGACGCGUCAGCCGGCACAGAAAUUGGCACCAAUCUGCCCGAAGAUGAUGAAGAAAUUUCUGUGCCCGAGCUCCCAGAAACAGCCAUGGAAGAUAUGCCAGCGCGAGUUACCUAUAUUGAUUACUUGAAGAGUCCAAUUAUUGGAUUAUUGGUCGGUCAGGGUGAUGAACAAGCUCUUUUACAUGCACACCAGGCACUUUUGUGCAAGAGUCCCUGGUUCGAAGAAGCAUGUGGAAAAUUCAGCGAUGAUGUUAGUGAAAAGCGCAUUGAUUUAAUUGAUGAAGAUUUAGAUGCCGUAGGCUGUUUCCUCGAGUACCUUUACACCAGCGAUUAUUUCCCGCGCAAAAUCCCCGGUUCACGAGAUUUGGAACAUGAUCCUGCGAUGCCGGAUGUGGACGAGACGGGUGAUCAAUUACUUAAACAUGCGCGCGUUUAUACCUUGGCGGAAAUGUUGCAACUGCCGAGUUUGAAGAGUUUGGCUAGUAGCAAGAUUCAUUGCGUUAAUAGUACGGCAAAGGGAGAGAUUGCUUAUGCGAGAUAUGUGUAUGCGCAUACGCAAAAGGAUGAUCAGACUAUUAGGGCGCCGGUGGCGAAUUUCUGGGCUACGAGGAGUCAUACUUUGAGGAGUGAAGCGGAGACGGAGUUUAGGGAGAUGUGUUUGGAGUUUCCACAGUUUGGUUAUGAUGUUUUGAGUGAGUAUUUUAUUUUUCCCACCUUUUUUUCCUAUCCUUUUCCCGGUCCUCGACGGAGAUUGGGAAAAUGGAUGGGGUGAUGUUUGAACUUAUGUGUUUUUGGACAAAUACUAAUAGAUAAUAGCACGUGUACUGGAUGAAAAGCUCAAGAGAGAAAAGAACGACAAAAUGCAUCCAUCACAUGGUACACCCAGCAGCUCACGAAAGAGACCUCGACAAAGUGGAAUUUAAAGACCUUUCAAAUGGUUGAGUUUGGUUAUUUUCGCAGGACGCAUUUGUACUUAGCUAUAUGCGAAAAUCUGUAAAAAUUCAUUGUGGGUAUAGGCAGGCGACUGUCUGGAAGGAAAAAUCAAAAUCAUGAUGUCAGGUGGAGCAAAAAUGGGGAUUCUAAUGGUAACGGUAGUAGAAUGGAUAUGAUAUUAUUAUGUGACAAGGAGUUGCUAAAACAGAUCAAAAGGGUCACUAGGAGAGGAAGAAGAUGAUGAUGAAGGAGAAGAUAAGAUUCUCCAUGUACCAUUAGAAUGUUCAUAUGUAUCAUAUCAUACUAUGCCAUACAAUGACUAGCUAAUACAUGGGUACUAGAUUGCUAGUUUGCU